AUGCGCCAGCAGCGGGAACGGUGCAUUAAAGUUUGCGCUGGUAAGCCUUUAGUGGACAGCCCUAGUGACAACGUCGCGUCUCUCGCUAGCGCCUGCACCUACGUCCUAGCGACAGCCUGCUGCGGCACGCAGGUCUGCCCGGCUUCGAUUUGUCUCUUUGCAAUUCACUGUCCGCACCACGCACCUGGUCGAAUCUCUGCCUGCACCAUGCGAGGCUUGUCGCUACCCUCGGAGCCUUCAACGCACCUCCUCUCGCUGAUUGGUACACUGGCAGAAGCAGCCCAGAACACUAGCGCAAACAAUUUGCCACGACACUUUUGCAGCGGCGGCCGGCGACACACGGCUCGUCGCUCUCGCGGACGCCGCAUCCGCGGCGCCGGACGCAUCCUCGUCCGGUUGCCACCUUCCAUUCCUUAUUCUGUGCAGAACAAAUAG